CGAACGGCGCCCCAGCUGGCCGGUAACCACGGGGAUUCCCGCCCCUGCGACCCCCUUGUAGGCUCGUAUAAAUCAAAUCCCUUGCCUCGGCAGUGUUCCUCGCCUUUGUAGCAGAUUAGCUUUGAAAAAUGACCCUUAGGAAAAUCAUAAAUUCUCCGAGGACCCCCAAACUGGGUUCAUCUCAUGCAGGUAUAUCCUAUCCUAGGAUACCAUGUAUCUCUCAGGAAGUGGAGCACUACAUCAUGGUGUCAGCUCUCAGACACGUGAUCACCGGCGGCAUUGAUGGUCUCACCCAGGCGUUGCACCUUCAAAUACUACCAACCGCCACCCAGAACGCCACGUCACUAUCAUUCCAAUCAACCAGAGCCAGCGGGACCAAGAGUACUGUGGAUGCUGACGCGUGCCCAGUAUGCAGGAUCGACGGCUGUCCGGGGUGCAAUCUCUUCCUCCCCAUUAGAGAAAGCAACGAGAAGAAGAAGAACAAGAGCAAAACGACGACGACGAAGAAGAAGAAACACAGGGGAGUGAGGCAGAGGCCGUGGGGGAAGUGGGCGGCGGAGAUAAGGGACCCAAGGCGGGCGGCGAGGGUGUGGCUGGGCACAUUCGAGACGGCGGAGCAGGCAGCAAGGGCUUACGACAAGGCCGCCGUCGAGUUCCGCGGAGCCAGGGCCAAGCUCAACUUCCCAGCGUCGGACUACGCAGAGAAAAAGCAAAGCGCAGAACAUGAGAAAGCUGACGAGAGAAUCGAGACGGAGACCGAGACAGAGAGUACUGUGAAAGAGUUGUGGGAUAUGUUUACGGAGGACGACCUUAGAGUGAUGAUCACGGAUUUGCUUUGAGAAUGCAAAAAGAGUAGAGAAAGAGAAGUAGAAUUUAGAGUAAGAUGUACGGUAGUAUUAGAAUUUAGAAGUAGAAUCCCAUCUGGCUCAAUCCAUGAGUUCAAAUUAAUAAAUUUAACGGUAA